AUGGAAGAAGAUAUAUCUGGAUCCCACUGGGGUGAUGCGAUCUCGGCGAACCCCACGUCCAGCGUGCUAUUCAGUGCUAACGAUAACCCCUAUGCCAACGAUGUGAACGUGUUCGCAGAUGACCUACAACAUAAUGCAUUUCAGAGCGAGGAGGACGAAAAUGACGAAAACAAUGGCCAGACUAUGGAAGAAGUGGAUUUUUCUGCUGGGGGGCGAGGUUCCGGGGUGAUCUACGAAGAAUUGGGCCAGACCCUAAGAGAUGUACAUGUGGCUGAUGAGGAUACGGACGAAGGAGAAGUUGAAAAUGGUUUGGAGAUGGUUGGCCCUUCAGAAGAGGAGAUUGCUGAGAUAAAGGCGAAAAAGAGCGAAUUGCUUUCGUCUUUGGCUGGAGGUGCUGAUGAUCAAGUGGCCAACCCCUUCAAGGAACCCACGCCAGAAUUAAAAUCUUCAGAUGGUUUGUUCAUGGAUUCCAGUCUCACCAGAUCGCCAUUAGCAAACGUCUUGAAGGACCAGAAUAAAGAGCCUGAGGGACCGCCAGCGCCCAUAAUCACAUCGCCGAACAGGAAAACAAGAGUCUUCAAGAGCCAUAGACCUAGGAGGACCAAGAAAAAGGAAACUGUGGAGGAUGCUCCAUCAGGGCCUGUCGAUCCUCUGGCACAAUCAACUGCAUCAGGAACUCAGGAUUCUCCCCAGCAGCUGGAAUCCGUGCCAGAUGUCCUGAAGUCUGUUGACGAACCAUUGUACGAUGUCCACAGAACGGGCGGAUCUCCCUCUAAAACUACAGUCACUGCUGUGACGCCGAUAAGAAGGAAAAGUCCUUCUACUGACAGAUUUGAUAUCAGUGUUGGCGAUCCGAUAAAGGUUGGAGAGCUGACGACAGCUCAUAUAGAGUACACAAUCAAGACCAAGACGAAGUCCCCUCUGCUGAAGAACGAGGAAACAGAGGUGAACAGAAGAUACCGUGAUUUCAGGUGGUUGUAUCACCAACUUGUGAACAACCAUCCUGGUUACAUUAUUCCACCUCCUCCUGAGAAACAGGUUUAUGGUAGGUUCGAGGAGAAGUUCAUCGAAAGCAGGAGAAUUGCACUGGAGAAGAUGCUGACGAAAAUAUCUCAGGUGGAUGAACUGCAAAAGGACUAUGACUUUGUGAUCUUUCUAUCUAGCGAAAGAUUCUCGGUAGAGUCAAAAGAACGCGAAAACUUGUUUUUCCACGGGAGUUCCUCACAAAAGUCAACCACGUCUGUUGAUGAUGAUUCAGGCAAGUUCAUCGACUACAGUACUGCCUCCUUGUCUGCCGCGAAUACGAGUGCCAGUGGUGGCUUCAUGAGUGCGAUCACAGGUGCCUUUUCAUUGUCUUCGCCCAAAUACAUUGAAACUGAUCCGUUCUUCAUCGAUAAACCUGCCUACAUUGAGAAUUUGGACCACCAGUUGAGAUCUUUGGCCAAGACCUUGGAAUUGAUAGUGACGCAGAGAGAAGAGACGAUAGCCUCACUUGACGAGUUUCUAACGACCAUCCAAGCUUUCAUUGAUCUGGAGAUCAACAACGAACUGGCCAACAUCUUCACGAACUUUGAGGAUCUGAACAUCAAGAUUAAAGAGCUUUUGGAGAGGACCAACAUGCAGGAAAUGCUCACUUUGGGUUCCACCAUUGACGAAUAUUCCAGGGUAAUAGGAUCCAUCAGGAUCGUUUUCGAAACCAGGUUCAAGAUUUGCAACAACAUCUUGAAUGUGCAAUCGCAGCUGAGCAAAAAGCAGAAGAAUCUCGGCAAGUUCAAGGCCAAAUUUCAUAACCAAUUUGACAAGAUUGACAAGUACGAAAGCGAGAUACAAUCUUUGGAAACACAGUUCGCCAAACAGACCGAGCAAAGAAAUGAAAUCAGCGCCACGAUAAAAGACCAUUUGGCGCUGUUUGAAGAGGAGAAAAUAGAUGAUUUCAGAUCAAUGGUUGAGAUUUAUUGGGAAGGGUUAUGUGAGACCCAAAAGGUGCUGAUAGAGUUAUGGGAAAGUUUCUACGAGAAAUGCAACUUUGGAGCUGAGCCUUGA